AUGGCUGGUCCUGUUGAUAUUACCUCUCAAGUCCCCCAAACUCCGCCUCAAAAGGCAACCAAGUCUCCCAACAACCUCGAUCCCAAGGACAAUGAACAUCUUCUGGGCAAGUCCCCCGCCGACUCUGGCGUGUGGGACAUGUCUGGGAACUCUGUGAGAUCUCCGAGUCCGUCUACCCCUGGAAGGGUUGACGUCGAAACUGUGGUUGAGGAAACUCCGGUCAAGGCUAAGAAGGCUGUUGAUGCUGAGGUCAUGCCCGAGGAUCCGUUCGAGAAUCCGCACAACAGGAUCCUGUUUGACGCCAUUGACAAGCUUCAGUCUUUUGGCUCGAGGGGUCUGAGAACCCCACAGCUUGUCAUUGUCGGCGGUCAAUCAUCGGGCAAGUCUUCACUCUUGCAAAGCUUGACCGGCAUCCCAUUCCCAGUUAACAGUGGCUGUUGCACCCGCUGGCCCACUCGCAUCGUUUCUAGGCGUACGGGACCUGGUAGCAAAGACUCGUUCCGUAUCACCAUUGAACCACCCGAUGUGAACGUUCCUGGCAUGGAACCGGCCUCUGAAGACAUCAGCAGCUAUUCGCACCAAGGGAAUACCCUGACCAAGGAUGAGUUUGUCAAGACCAUUGAUGAAGUUUCUGAUCGCAUGGGAAUCUCUCCCGGAACGGGUCGAGGUGCCAAGAACUUUGCUUCUGAGGUUUUCAAGAUUGAGCUGUCCGGGCCAAACCGCUCAUAUUUCAGCAUUCUGGAUCUUCCUGGGACUUUCAACAACGCUAUCAAGGUCAACGAACAGGAUCCGUUCCAGGUGGAAACCAUGACUGUCGAGUACAUGAAGAAUCCCGACAACAUUGUCAUCUGUGUUUUGGAUGCCCCGACCGACUUUGUCCGUCAUGAUGUUUUCACAUUGGCUUCUAGAUAUGUAUCUGACCAAGAACGCCUCGUGGGAGUUUUCACCAAGUGUGACAUGAUUCAGAAUGAACCUGACGCCGCGGAAGAGAUUGUUGAUAUUGCCACUAGUGCCUCCUGGAGUGGCUCCGGUCAUCUCCAAAAAGGCUGGUUUCUCGUCCGAAACCGUGCUGGCAAGGAUGGAGACUCCUUUGAUCUGAAGGCGGCCGAGGAGAGUCUCUUCAGUACAGCCCCUUGGGACAGGGCCCCCAAGAACCGCCUGGGAUCUACCGCUUUGAAGACGUAUCUUGGUCAUGUUCUCAGCUCCAAGAUUCGCGACUGUUUCCCUGAGUUGUGUGCUGAAAUUGAGUCGACACUGAAUCUGAAGGUUGCAGAAAAGCACAGCUUGGGCGAGCCUCGGGACACUCACGCCGCCAAGCAACAGUACGCCAUGAAAACUGUCGACAAGUUCAAGGCAAUGGCCGAUUUGGCACUGGAUCGCCCUGAAGAGCUGCCCGGAGAUGUUGCACCACUACUCUGGGAAGUGAGCGAGCUUAACCAAAACUUUGAUGACUAUAUGAGGAUUCGCGGAGGCAAAUGGGAACUUGCGAAUGCCGGCGUCGAUCCCUUUUCCUUGAUAGCUGAGCAUUUAGGCCAAGAGCCCAAGAAAUCGUCGGCUUCGCACGUGGUUCCCAAGUUGUCUGCUAGCCUGGAUAAGAAGUUUCCCAACUGCUCUGUCGUCCAUGACUCUGGAGACCUCUUGAAAGCCAUUGAGGCGCAGCUCGCCAAGUACCAGGCCGCUCAACUGCCAGGAAUCAUCAACCCGGUCGUUUAUCCCAAGAUGUAUCAGAUGCAGGUGGAGAAGUGGGAGAAGAUCACACACAGGCACCUGUUUCUCGUGCGUGAGGCAAUUCAACGCUGCUACAUGUCCAUCCUAGACUUUGUCUGCCCUUCUCAUGGCGAGACAAACACGCUUCGGAAGGAACUGGAGAAUGUCCUGGAGAGGAUCCUAACCGAGUCCUACGAGGCGGCCGAGGCGCACCGCGAGGGUGUGUGCGGAAACGAGACCAAGUGCAAGGUACUCCAGACGACGGCACCCCGAUUCGGCGAGCAGGUCCUCGGGUGGCGGCAGUUGAGGUUCUUUACGGCCAUGCGGGCUGCCCAGACAGCUGACCAAAACGAGGCUGAGAAUCUCGUAGCGUUUGUCAACUACUUUCAGCUUGCGCACCCGAGUCUCCAGAAGAACAUGGUCAACGAUGUACACGACGUCUUGAAGGUGUACUACGAGAUCGCCUUGGAUGCGUUUAUUCGGAACAGGAUCCAGUCAGUCUUCCAUGGCUUUGUUAACAAUGAGGAUGGCCCGAUAAAGGCGCUCAACACCGAAUGGGUAAUGAGAUUGGGUCAGGAGGAGCUUGAUGCCCUGUGCAGGGAGGACGAGAGGAUUAUUGAGAGGCGGAGCGUGCUUGGGAGUGAGAUCGACAGGCUGCGGGGGGCUUUGGCCAUUGUUGACAAGGCGAGGCAGCAGACGGCUGGGCUGGAGAAGUAUUAAGGAGUUUUGGGGGAUUGGGAUAUACGAGGAAUUGUUAUGGAUGUAUGAUUGUGUAUUUCGAGCAUGGUGUGAUGUAUGAUUAUGUUGAUGGUCUUGAGGUA